UCAUCCAUCCGGGUACCAGGCGCGCGUCCGUGAAGCCUCUCCUUCACCCAACAGAGACUCCGGGCCCCGGAACUGACUGCGGAACUGCUUCGUACACAAAUUACAUUGAGAACACACAACAACAACAAAAAAAAAAUGCCAGAUGUCACGGUGUUUUUGUCAUGUUUGUUGUUUUUUAUUUCAAUUUUGCGUCCAGGGAUCGGGGCAGAAGUGUCCUUGUGGAAUGUCGACAUCAACUCAUCACAAAAUGCCGUCUUCAGGAAGACAUUGUACGCCAACACAACCAUCUUCAUGACAUUCCAGGGCGACUUGGCCCUAUGUGAUUCCACCCUGGCCUUCAACAUCAGUUGGUACCUCCGUUCCUCAAUCUGCUACAAUGAAGUCUUUAAUACUCCAGACAACAAGGCACUGACUAUGUUUGGUCUGGAUCACAUGCUGAAGGAGGACUGGAGUGGCUUCUACAGCCAGGGAUACAUGUACUUCGACAACUGCUCCACUCUUUUACUACCCAAGGUGUACUACACAGACUUCAGCCCCUAUCAACCUCUCAUCAGCCCACAGAGCGAGGAAGGCAGGCCUUCCAAUCAGAGCGCUCCGCAGGGGUGGCUGGAAAAGCCGGAUAUAGGUGCGGUGGCCAAGGCUUGGUCCGACAGCCCCUACCUGUUUAUAGUGAAGGUACAACCGCAGCAGCGUGGAGAUGCCAGCGGGGGGCGCCCUGGAGCAGAGGAGGAGGAGCCUAAUGAUGUCCAGGGAAACUUGGCCUUUAUCAUGACCGUGGAGAUGAAGGGGCCUCGUGAAUACUCCUCCCCUGCAGACUGGCCUCUAAUGAUGUUCUACAUGGUGAUGUGUAUAGUGUACGUGUUCUUCGGGGCGCUCUGGCUCUUCUGGUCGGCCUGUUACUGGAAAGAUCUGUUGAGGAUCCAGUUCUGGAUCGGAGGAGUGAUCAUCCUGGGUAUGCUGGAGAAGGCCGUCUUCUACUCCGAGUACCAGAGCAUCCGCUACAGAGGAGACUAUGUCCAAGGUGCUGUAAUCUUUGCCGAGUUGCUGUCUGCUCUGAAGAGAUCUCUGGCUCGUAUUCUGGUGCUCAUAGUCAGUCUGGGCUACGGCAUCGUCAAACCCAGGUUGGGCACCACAGUCCACCGGCUAGCAGCAGUAGGCCUGCUCUACCUGCUCUUCUCCUCCGUGGAGGGAGUGCUGCGCGUCACAGGAGGUUUCUAUGGGACCGUAGCCCUGGUGGCUAACCUGAGUCUCUCUCUCAUUGACUCCUGUGUGAUGUGGUGGAUCUUCAUAAGCUUGUCCCAGACCACUCGUCUUCUGAAGCUGCGUAGGAACGUGGUGAAGCUGUCCCUGUAUCAGCAUUUCACCAACACACUCAUCUUCUCUGUUCUGGCUUCUAUUAUCUUCAUCAUCUGGACGACCAAAGUGUUUAAGCUGGUCGACUGCCAGACGGUGAGUUGGUAGAUUUUUACACUGAACAAAAAAAACAAAGUGUUGGUCCCAUGUUUCACAGGAACAGGAAAUAGAAAAGAUCCC